UCUAUAUAAACAAAAAUGAAACAUACAACCGCAGGAUUUCAUUUGUCUAAAUCUAAAAAUGCUUCUUGUCCUCGCCAUUUUAACGAUAUUGCUUGAAUUUGAGGCAAUUAUAUCUUGUCAACCAAAGGUUUUACACAGACAGCAACUCUUCUGCAGUUCUGAUUAUGUAUUUCAGGUACAAACAGAAGGAGUGACAAACAAAGGAGAUGACUUAUUUGAGCGAUUUUACCGUGUCUCUGUCAUAGAUUCUUAUAAGGGAAGUAUAGGUACUGACUUUGAUGGAACAGUAACAGGAAAUGGAUUCUUUAUGUCUUGCGGUCCUCAAAUAUUGAAAAAGGGAUCUAAAUAUUUAAUUUACGCAUACGUUUUUAAUAAUGACAUUCGAAUUCGUGAGUUCUACAACAUGACCGAUAUCACAAAGACCGAUUUAGAGUUAUUUCAGAAAUACGACUGCCAUUGUGAGAUUGUUGCUGACAAGGAUGGUAUAAUACUUCAACAUCUGAAACAUUCUGGUAAAUGUUCAUCUCCUAUUCCUGGUAGCAGCAAAUGUUCCUACAGAAGAGGUUAUUGUCGACGAAACCAGGAAGGCGUGUGUCAUUGGCAGGUCCUUAAUCCUUGUUGAAAUGUUAUACAGGACGAUUUUUUAAACCCUUUUUUUCUUGUUUUUGUUAUCAAAUUACUUUUUUCAUAAAUAAAUGAAAGAAAACAAA